AUGAGCAAAGUGAUUAAGCCACCUAGCCAAGCCAGAACGGCCGAUUUCCGUACUCUAGAACGUGAAUCUCGGUUCAUCAACCCUCCCAAGGAUAAAUCAGCAUUUCCACUAUUGGAGGAAGCUGUCCAACCUCAUAUUGGAUCUUUUAAUGCAUUAACUGAGGGGCCAGAUGGAGGAUUAUUAAAUUUAGGUGCUAAAGACAUCGGUGAGAAAGUUAUAUUCGAUGGGAAACCACUUAAUUCUGAAGAUGAAACCUCCAAUAGCAGCUACCUCGGAAAUAAGCUCUCCGUCAGUGUUGAACAAGUCUCCAUUACAAAAGCUAUGUCUAACGACGGUGUCUCUUCUGCAGUAGAGAGGAAAGUUUACCCAAGUGAGUCGAGACAGAGACUUACUUCUUAUAGAGGUAAACUACUUUUAAAGUUGAAGUGGUCCAUUAAUAAUGGCGAGGAAAAUCUAUUCGAAGUGAGAGAUUGCGGUGGUCUACCAGUUAUGUUACAAAGUAACAGAUGCCACUUGAAUAAGAUGUCUCCAUAUGAAUUGGUACAACAUAAAGAAGAGUCCGAUGAGAUAGGUGGUUACUUUAUUGUCAAUGGUAUCGAAAAGCUAAUCAGAAUGUUGAUUGUUCAACGUAGGAACCAUCCUAUGGCUAUUAUUCGACCAUCUUUUGCCAACAGAGGUGCGUCUUACUCUCAUUAUGGUAUUCAAAUUAGAUCUGUAAGACAAGAUCAAACUUCUCAAACUAAUGUUCUACAUUACCUGAAUGAUGGUCAAGUAACGUUUAGAUUUUCUUGGAGAAAAAACGAAUAUUUAGUUCCUGCUGUUAUGAUCUUGAAAGCUUUAUGUCACACUAGUGAUAGAGAAAUUUUUGAUGGUAUCAUUGGUAAUGAUGUUAAGGAUUCCUUUUUAACUGAUCGUUUAGAAUUACUACUACGUGGUUUUAAGAAGAGAUAUCCUCAAUUGCAAAAUCGUACACAAGUCUUGCAAUAUCUAGGGGACAAAUUCCGCGUUGUCUUUCAAGCCUCCCCUGAUCAUUCUGACUUGGAAGUCGGACAAGAAGUCCUCGACCGUAUUGUUUUGGUUCAUCUGGGCAAGAGUGGCAACCAAGAUAAAUUUAGAAUGCUGCUAUUUAUGAUCAGAAAGCUGUAUUCUUUGGUUGCAGGUGAAUGUUCUCCAGAUAACCCAGAUGCUACGCAACAUCAAGAAGUUCUAUUGGGUGGUUUCUUAUAUGGUAUGAUUUUGAAAGAAAAGAUUGAUGAAUAUUUACAAAAUAUUAUAGCUCAAGUCAGGAUGGAUAUAAACCGUGGUAUGGCUAUCAAUUUUAAAGAUAAAAGAUACAUGUCAAAAGUUUUGAUGAGAGUAAAUGAAAAUAUUGGUUCCAAAAUGCAAUACUUUUUAUCAACAGGUAACUUAGUGUCUCAAUCUGGGUUAGAUUUACAACAAGUCUCUGGUUAUACCGUUGUUGCGGAAAAAAUUAACUUCUACCGUUUUAUUUCUCAUUUUAGGAUGGUUCAUAGAGGGUCUUUUUUUGCACAGUUGAAGACUACCACGGUUAGAAAAUUGCUACCGGAGUCAUGGGGGUUCCUGUGUCCUGUUCAUACACCGGAUGGUUCUCCUUGUGGUCUGUUGAACCAUUUUGCGCACAAGUGCCGCAUAUCCACUGAGCAAUUAGACGUUUCAAAAAUUCCUUCAAUCUUAUACUCGCUCGGAGUUGCCCCAGCAUCCCAUACAUUUGCCGCUGGUCCUUCUUUGUGUUGUGUGCAAAUUGAUGGUAAAAUCAUUGGAUGGAUCUCUCAUGAGCAAGGUAAGAUAAUCGCAGAUACAUUGAGAUAUUGGAAGGUUGAAGGCAAAACGCCUGGGUUGCCAGUUGAUCUAGAAAUUGGUUAUGUUCCUCCAUCUACUCGUGGCCAAUAUCCGGGCCUUUACUUAUUCGGUGGUCACUCCAGAAUGCUACGUCCUGUGCGUUACUUACCUUUAGAUAAGGAAGACAUUGUUGGUCCUUUCGAACAAGUUUACAUGAACAUCGCUGUCACACCUCAAGAAAUUCAAAAUAAUGUUCAUACGCACGUUGAAUUUACGCCAACAAACAUCCUCUCUAUUUUGGCUAAUUUGACACCUUUUUCGGACUUUAAUCAAUCUCCAAGGAAUAUGUACCAAUGUCAAAUGGGUAAGCAAACUAUGGGUACUCCCGGUGUAGCUUUGUGCCAUCGUUCUGACAACAAACUUUAUAGGUUGCAAACUGGCCAAACGCCUAUUGUGAAAGCUAACUUAUAUGAUGACUAUGGUAUGGAUAACUUUCCAAAUGGUUUCAAUGCUGUUGUUGCUGUCAUUUCGUAUACCGGUUACGAUAUGGAUGAUGCGAUGAUUAUAAACAAAUCUGCUGACGAAAGAGGUUUCGGUUAUGGUACUAUGUAUAAGACUGAGAAAGUGGAUUUGGCUCUCAACAGAAGUCGUGGUGAUCCAAUUACACAGCAUUUUGGUUUCGGAAAUGACGAAUGGCCAAAAGAAUGGCUCGAAAAACUAGAUGAGGAUGGUUUACCUUAUAUUGGCACCUAUGUCGAAGAAGGUGAUCCGAUCUGUGCAUACUUUGACGAUACUUUGAAUAAGACAAAAAUCAAGACAUACCAUUCCUCUGAACCAGCAUAUAUCGAAGAAGUGAACCUAAUUGGUGACGAAUCCAACAAGUUUCAAGAAUUACAAACCGUUAGCAUAAAAUACCGUAUCAGAAGAACACCUCAGAUUGGUGAUAAAUUUUCUUCUAGACAUGGUCAAAAGGGUGUUUGUUCUAGAAAAUGGCCAACCAUUGACAUGCCUUUCAGUGAAACAGGGAUUCAACCGGAUAUUAUUAUCAAUCCGCAUGCUUUCCCUUCGCGUAUGACCAUUGGUAUGUUCGUCGAGUCUCUAGCAGGUAAGGCGGGUGCUUUGCACGGUAUCGCACAAGAUUCCACACCGUGGAUAUUCAACGAGGACGAUACGCCCGCUGAUUAUUUUGGUGAUCAACUGGCGAAGGCAGGCUACAAUUACCAUGGUAACGAACCGAUGUAUUCCGGUGCUACUGGUGAAGAACUAAGAGCAGAUAUUUAUGUUGGUGUUGUUUACUAUCAAAGAUUACGUCAUAUGGUCGACGAUAAGUUUCAAGUCCGUUCUACCGGUCCUGUCAACAGCUUGACUAUGCAACCUGUCAAGGGUAGAAAGAGACAUGGUGGUAUUCGUGUCGGUGAAAUGGAAAGAGAUGCUUUGAUUGGACACGGUACCUCAUUUUUGUUACAAGACCGUUUACUGAAUUCAUCAGACUAUACGCAAGCAUCCGUGUGUCGUGAGUGUGGCUCUAUCUUGACUACACAACAGAGUGUGCCAAGAAUCGGUUCAAUUUCGACAGUUUGCUGCCGUCGUUGUUCCAUGAGAUUUGAAGAUGCAAAGAAGCUACUAACUAAAUCAGAAGAUGGAGAAAAUAUUUUCAUUGACGACUCUCAAAUUUGGGAAGAUGGACAAGGCAAUAAAUUUGUCGGUGGCAAUGAAACAACUACGGUAGCUAUACCAUUUGUAUUGAAGUACUUGGAUUCUGAAUUAUCGGCAAUGGGUAUAAGAUUACGUUAUAAUGUUGAGCCCAAAUAG